CCGUGCUGCGCUGCUUCUGUCUUCCCACCGUGCUUAGCGUCUAGCUAGCUGUGUCGCGGCCGCGAUGGGCUGCACGUUGGGUCUCUCCGCCAAGUUGAGGACGCCGGCCACGCGGACGUGCUCAGCGGCAAUAGCCGCCAAAAUCGACUGGGGAUACUGCGUCAUCAGCACUUCUUGGGGAUACUCGUAGUGGUCGUACACGCUGACAUGGCCGAAUGCGCGCGUCUUGUACUCCACGAUGUGCUUGAACCCUUCGCAGGGGCGCAGCGUGUAUGGGACGUACGUCAGGUCGAGGCAGACAUGCCACUGGCCCCCGCCCAUGUUGAGCGCCCGGAUGACCCCUGUCUUCAGACAGCCUACAACACAGACAACGCACCAAUGGAUGCCCCGACGCUUCCCCCGUUCCCCACGAACCUGUCUGCUGUUGCUGCUGAUGCUGCACAACAACGGCACCGACAUUCAUGAUGUCCAGCCUCACGAGGGGAACGAUGAGCCGACAAAGGUCGACGGCGAUGUCGCGCAUCUCGGGCGUGGCCGCCUGGCCGACCGCUGUGAUGCCAGCUUCGAGCUGCGCAUCAGUGAUCGUGCUGGGCAGAUAAGGGUGACCCUCGUGGCGAGUCGGGUUGACCGCGAAGGUUGCGAAGCCACCUCCUCUGCCGGUCUGGGAAGGUGGGAUGUACUGGUUGAUCUCCUUCCGGGGCAUACUUCAGAAUCUGUAGUGGUCGCUGGCAGGAUGUUGUUGUUUGCAGCCGGCAGGAUGGCCGAUCUUGGG